AUGGCGGAUAACCCGGUUGCCAGCCGCUCCCACACCGAGGAGGGGACCCCGGGGCCGGGGAGCUGGCCGUCCCCGCCUGGCCCCUCAUCAAUCAGGGGAGAUUCGUAUACUACCGCACCUGCUCCAAUUCCAGGUACCUCCUCCUCAUCACCGCGAGCAGAGGAAGCACCACCAUUGCAACCCCUCCCCCCCACCAGCCGUAAAUCCUCCGACAAGACCACCACCAACAUCGCCAACGCUGGCACCCUCGAAAUCCCUCCCCUCCCAGUGAACAACGACUUUUCGCCCUCCUCCCCCUCGGACUACAAACUGAGGCAAACCCCCACGGCCACGAGCAUCGGUAUCAGCCCCCUAGCGGCCACAGAGACCAUCCGGCCAACGCCCACCAAUCGGCAAAACACUAACCUAGGGCGCACAACCUCACAACUCAACGAGGACGAAAUAAUCCGCAUCCUGUCCCGGCGGAAAACCAACUUCUCGUCCGUGGCCGAGGACCAUGACCCCGAGACUAACGCUGAGAUCGAGGCCCUUCUAUCCUCUAUCUUUGGAACUUCUAGGCAACAGGGAAGUCAGGAGAAGGCGCGGCACUUGGGGGUUGUGUUUAAGGAUGUUGUUGUCAAGGGACAGGGUCUUGGAGCUGCUCUUCAGCCUACGAAUGGGGAUUUCUUUCUCGGGCCGUUGAGGGCGGUCAGAAGGCUUUUGCCCGGUGGGAAGAAGAUGGUUGGUGGCACGGAUGCCGUUAGGACCUUGAUUCAUGGAUUCUCUGGGUGCGUUAGGCCUGGCGAGAUGUGUUUGGUUUUGGGAAGGCCCGGGAGCGGUGAGUGAUAAUUUGUGAUGUGAUUUGUUGUAGGGUAGGAGGCUAAGUUGAUUGGUGUGAAGGUUGCUCGACCUUUUUGAAAGUGAUCGGGAAUCAGAGGAGUGGGUUUGUAGAGGUUAACGGGGACGUCACUUACGGUGGGACGGACCACGAGACUAUGAGGAGGAAGUACCGUGGGGAGGUUUUGUACAAUCCCGAAGAUGGUGAGUCGCUCCCCCUCCUUGACAUACUCCAAACACCACUGACUCAUGCUACCCAGAUCUUCAUUACGCGACACUAUCCGUCGGAGACACCCUGAAAUUCGCCCUCGAAACCCGCACCCCAAGCAAGGACUCCCGUCGUGAGGGCGAGUCUCGAAAGGACUACGUGAGAGAAUUCCUCCGAGUAGUUAGUAAGCUAUUUUGGAUCGAGCAUACCUUAGAUACCAAAGUCGGCGGCGAAAUCGUUCGUGGAGUCUCCGGUGGCGAGAAGAAACGUGUCUCAAUAGCCGAAGCAAUGGUCACGAAGGCCUCCGUCCAGUGCUGGGAUAAUUCCACGAAAGGCCUUGACGCGAGCACCGCAAUCGAGUACGUCGAGUCCCUCCGCACGCUUAGCAAUAUGGUGAACAAUUCCACACUGGUAGCGCUGUACCAGGCCGGUGAGAGCCUUUAUCAGCUUUUCGACAAAGUGCUGUUGAUCGACGAAGGGCGAUGCGCGUAUUUCGGCCCCACAGAGAACGCGAGGGCGUACUUUGAAGGGCUGGGCUUUGUGUGUCCUCCCCGCUGGACCACGGCGGACUUCUUGACCAGCGUUACAGACAGACACGAGCGACAAAUAAAGCAAGGUUGGGAAGACCGGGUCCCCCGCAACGCGGAAGAAUUGGAGCAGGCCUACCAGCAAUCCGAAAUUGCCGCCGCCACGCAAAAGGACAUUGCGGAAUUCGAAAGCGCCGUCGCAACGCAACAAGAAGAGCGCCGACGCCAGGCCACCGAAAAGAUUAGAGCGAGGAAUUACGCCAUCCCCUUCCAUAAGCAAGUAUAUGCGUGCACGAAGCGCCAGUUCUUGGUCAUGGUUGGUGACCCCGUGAGCCUGGGCGGUAAGUGGGGAGGUAUUUUGUUCCAGAGUUUGAUUGUUGGCAGCUUGUUCUAUAACCUACCACCGGAUUCUAACGGGGUGUUUCCCCGCGGUGGCAUUUUGUUUUUCACCUUGUUGUUCAAUGCUUUGCUCGCCCUUGCGGAACUCACGGCUGCUUUUUACUCCAUACCUAUUCUGUUGAAGCAUAAGAGUUUGUAAGUGCUCUCCAGUGGUUGUGUGCUACGGGAUGAGAGUGGGUCACGCUAAUUUUUGAGUGUAGUUCGUUUUAUCGUCCUUCGGCUUACGCCAUCGCGCUAUUCGUCGUGGAUCUGCCACUGUGCUUUAUCCAGGUCUUCAUUUGGAACAUAGUUGUGUAUUUCAUGUCUGGUACUUCUCCAGCCCCCACAUAUAAACACUGCCACAAUAUUAACCCAUGUAGGUCUCCAACGCACGGCAUCCCAAUUCUUCAUCAGUCUCCUAAUCGUAUUCAUCAUAACGGCAAGCAUGUACGCCUUCUUCCGCAUGAUCGGCGCCUUCUCUGCAAGCCUCGACGUAGCGACCCGCAUUACAGGUGUCGCCAUCCAAGCGCUGAUUGUCUACACCGGCUAUCUAAUCCCUCCCUCGUCAAUGCACCCCUGGUUCUCCUGGCUCCGCUGGAUAAACCCGAUCCAGUACGGAUUCGAAGCCCUCAUGGCGAACGAGUUCUAUAACCUCAACAUACAGUGCGUCCCGCCCAUGCUGGUUCCUGUAGGUCCCAACGUGGACCCGCAAUAUCAGUCGUGUGCGCUGCAGGGAAGCCAGCCCGGGACUACGAUCGUUCGUGGAGAAGAUUAUAUCCAGACGCAAUUCACAUACUCGCGGUCGCACCUUUGGCGGAAUAUCGGAUUUGCAAUUGCGUUCUGGAUGUUCUUUGUUGUCAUGACGGCGGUAGGACUUGAGCUUAAGAAGCCGAACAGCGGGGGCGCUGCUGUAACCGUAUUUAAAAGGGGCCAGGCACCGGCGGUGGUUAAGAAGGCGAUGGAGAAGAGGGAUGUUGAGGUUGGCGAAAAGGAGCCGGUAGUUACUGGUGAUGAGCAUAAUCCCGAAGAAGCUACGGUGGGCGUUGCCAGGAAUGAAUCAGUGUUUACAUGGCAGGGCGUGACUUAUACCAUCCCGGUCAAGGGUGGACGCAAAACGCUGUUGGAUGACGUGAGUGGGUAUGUCAGGCCCGGUAAACUAACGGCGUUGAUGGGCGAAUCCGGCGCCGGAAAGACAACCCUCCUGAAUACCCUUGCGCAACGGAUCAAGUUCGGAAAGGUUGCAGGCGACUUUUUGGUUGACGGGAGGCCGCUUCCAAAGUCUUUUCAGCGCGCCACCGGGUUUGCGGAGCAGCAGGACAUCCAUGAGCCUACGGCUACUGUCAGGGAAGCGCUUAGGUUCUCGGCCCUGUUGAGACAGCCAAAGGAAGUUUCGCUCGAAGAGAAAUAUGAAUAUGUCGAGACGAUCAUUAAGCUAUUGGAGAUGGAAGACAUCGCCGGUGCCACAGUUGGUAGCCAAGGGAGCGGACUGAACCAAGAGCAGAGGAAGCGUUUGACCAUCGGUGUUGAAUUAGCGAGCAAGCCAGCGUUGUUAAUGUUCCUUGACGAGGUAAGCACUUCACAGCUCAUCACUCGGCAGCUUUUACUAACAGGAUUCCGAACAGCCCACAUCCGGACUGGAUUCUAACGCAGCUUUCAACGUUGUCCGCUUCCUCCGUAAGCUCGCCGACUCCGGCCAAGCAAUUCUUUGCACCAUCCAUCAACCCAGUGCCGUCCUCUUCGAGCACUUUGACGACCUCCUUCUUCUUAAGAGCGGGGGUCGGGUAGUUUACCAUGGGCCACUCGGCAACGACUCACACACAAUGAUAAAAUACUUUGAAUCAAAGGGCGCCCCACGCUGUCCCAAGGACAAGAACCCGGCAGAGUACAUGCUGGAGGCGAUCGGCGCUGGAGACCCCAACCGCAAAGGCAACGACUGGGCCGAAGUCUGGUCAAAUUCAGCAAACCACGCCCAGCGUAUCGAAGAGAUCAACCAACUAAUAACCACCCGCUUCUCCCAGACCUCGGAAAAUCGGAUAGACGAUAACCGCGAAUUUGCCAUGCCCUGGGGCACCCAGGUUCUCGCUGUGGUGCGACGGACAUUUGUAAACUACUGGCGCACGCCCGAAUACACCAUCGGCAAAUUCGCCCUUCACAUCUUCACGGGCCUUUUCAACAGCUUCACCUUCUACAAAUUGGCAAACACAAGCAUCGACAUGCAGUCCCGCUUCUUCAGCAUCUUUAUGACGCUGACCAUCUCCCCACCACUGAUCCAACAGCUCCAACCGAAAUUCCUUCACUUCCGCGACCUCUUCCAGGCACGCGAGCACGCGAGCAAGAUAUACCAUUGGAGCGCCUUCGUCAUCGGCGCCAUCCUGGUAGAAAUCCCCUACAGCAUCGUGGCGGGGACACUAUACUUUGUAGCGUGGUACUACCCCAUCGGCUUCCCUAGGGACUCGUUCACGGUCGGAUACACCUACUUUCUAAUGCUGCUGUUCGAGUUCUACUACGUCUCCUUUGGCCAAGCCAUCGCUGCGUUCUCGCCGAACGAGCUACUAGCCUCGCUGCUCGUACCUGUUUUCUUCCUAUUCGUCGUGGCAUUCUGCGGCGUCGUCGUGCCAUACGCUUCCAUUCCCAAGUUCUGGCGCUUCGUGUACUGGGUUUCGCCCUUCAAGUACUUGGUUUCCGGAUACUUGGGCGCGCUAGUGCACGAUAUUCCCGUGCGUUGCGCGCGGGAUGAAUUCGCGAGAUUCCCCCUACCACCCAACGUUGCCAAUUGUGCCGAGUAUACAGCUAGCUUCGUGCAGCGCAUGGGCGGCUACGUCGAGGAGGAGGAUGGCGUGUGUAAGUUUUGUCAGUAUAGGGAUGGGGAUGAAUUUGUGAGUUUUUUUUUCCUCCCCCUUUUCAUGCUUUUGGGGUUGGGAAGGGCUAAUGGUGGAGGGAUGUAUGGUUUAGGCGGCGAGUUUCAAUGUCAGCUACGACUACCGCUGGCGCGACUUUGGCAUUUUUUGGGCGUACAUUGUGUUUAAUCUUGCAGUCGUGUUUUUUAGUACUUGGUGCUUUCUUGGGGGGUGGAGGAGGAUUGUUAGAGUGUUUAAGAGGCAGAAGUAAGCUAGGUAUAAGAUAUAGGUGAUUUUUAAUUUUUUUUAUUCCUGCAUCUUAUUUAGGCACUAUUUGGUAUUCCAGAAAGACUGAGUUUCUCUUGCUUAUUUUUCCCCUCUGAAAAAAAAAUACUCUAUUGGAGUAGUUUUUGAUACGUAUGAUACGAAAAUAUUUUGGUUAUCACUUUUUUUCCAUAGUUGCUUUUUUUUUUCUUUUUUUCCCCACCGUAUCUCUUGUAAACCUCUCCACUCUAGGGAAAUCAUUUUUCCGCACCUCCUUGCACCACAAAAUACGGCAUUUCUUAAAAGAAACUACUCGU